AUGAGAUUCAACGAGGAUCAACCGUGGGAUCGUUGGAAAGUUCAAGCAGAGCAAGGACGCGACACCAAAAUGUUGAGAACUUGCAAGAAGAUCUAUCGCGAGGCCGCCUCGGUGCUCUACUCUAAGAAUACCUUCAAAUUCGACUCCUACAAGCUGCUAUCCACCUUUGUAUCAACGAUACCUCCGCAGCAUCUUGCCUCUAUCCGAAUAAUCGUUCUCGUCAUCACUCUUUUCUGGGACGGUUGCGAUGAUUUUAUCGCGUGGUACGGAGAUCUGCUGCCACUACUUAGUGGAAUGCAAGGCCUCAAGGAGGUAUGUUUGAGGUACCGUUUACGGGAGAAUAACUACGUGGUCCAUCCUCGCUCACGCGACUUCGAGCUUCUAACAUGGCUUGAAGAAGGAAAUAUACCAAGGGAAUAUGCAAUGUUUUACGAGAUGCUCGAGGUUCAGACAGGACCAAAAUUUGGUGGUAUGCUAUUCGAUCGGUGGGCUAUCGGUGAGCGGAGGAAGAUCGAUAUGAAGGAGUGA